GGCAGAAGAUGGCGGAGUGCCUGGAGCGGGUGCGGGUGUCGGAGGCCGAGCUGCGGGAACUGGUCCGGAGCCUCGGCCCGGCGGCCGCCCGCGCCGAUGUUCCCAAGGUAGUUAAAGAGCCACGAGCAAGGAAGGACAACCGGCGGCCUGAUAUUCAAAUUUACCAGCCUGGUGUUUCCCGGUUGAGCACCAACAAACAGAGAACCACACAGCUUGAAACCUCAGAGAGGGAGGAAGUAGAUCAUGGGGGACAUAAGGAAGGCCCUAGUAAGUCAGUGCCAAAGAGGACCAGUCCCUUGGUUGGUGAAGGCCAUGGUGUUGGAGAUAGUAACCAGGGAUGUAUGAACAGGAAUGGGCAGCUGGAUAGAAAUGAAGAGGAAGAUUUCAAGUGGACUGAUGAGCAAACUGUGCCAAAUUCCAACUUCAGUGCUGUGGGGAAGCAGUUAAAAAGGGUUAAGAAACCCGAUCGCCAGAUCUACCAGCCAAACAGACGGGUGCAAGGGCUCAGCACAGACUCACCCAGUGGCUUAGGCAGUGAAGAACUGGUGAAGAAAGUGGAGGAGCUGAGACUGGCAGAUCACAGUAAGGCCAUCUGUCCUGAGGAGGAGGUUAUUGGGACUGGUGAAGAGAAAGGCAGUCAGGAAGACAGAGGAAAAAUUCAAUUAACUGUAGUGGCAAAAGCCGGGAAAAGGGAGAAGGGGAGGAGAGGGGGAAGGGAAGAUAGUGCAGGCUGGGCAAAUAACUGUGCAGAAGAACUUGCGGACAGUCAAAUCAAUCGCUUGCAGGCAAGAGCAGAGAAAGCUGGGGGGCCCUCAAAACGCUACUCCAGGUCUGACAAACGCAGGGGUCGUAACCGUACGUGCAGUACAAGCUCUGCAGGAAGCAACAACAGUCUGGAUGGUCCUCACUGCCAGCACCGGCCUGCCGAUGGGGAAAGGAAGAAAGUAGCAGGGAAGGAUAGGAGGACUGCUGGUGAACGGAAGGAAAGGUUGAGACCUUCCAAGCAGGUUUCGAUCUCUUCUACAGAUUCUUUGGAGGACGACUGUGCUGAGGAGAACAGAAAUCACAUGCCAGAAAGGCGGAAAGCUUUCGAGAAAGAGCGAGCGAUUGGCAGAACCGCUGAGCAGCCCGACUGCAGGAACAGGGAGAACAAGCCCUCGCCCAAGGUUAUGUUUGACAGUGAAACUGUCAGCAGAGCGACUGUUGCAUCCAAGCUAAACUCUGAGGAAAAGAACAAAGGGAGAGGCAAAGCAAGCAGACCAGUGUCCAAACCUGGCCUGUCAGCAGGCAAGUUCAGUCAGAACACGGAGAGAAGGGAUAAGGUGGAAGAGCCCAGAGGGAAGGGACGGGGUAUCUUGGUCCUACCUGCCAACACUGAUCUGUCAUCCACAGCACCUGGGUCUCCUGAUUCCCCGCAAGUGGGGCCAAGACUCCUCUUUGGUCGAGGUUCCCGCAGCCGGGGUCGUGGCGGGACAUCCCGUCGGCUCUGGGAUCCCAACAAUCCUGACCAAAAACCUGCACUGAAGAGCCAGACCGCCCAGCUGCACUUCUUGGAUACUGACGAUGAAUGCAGUUCGUCCUCACAGGGAGAGACCUACUCUUCGUACACACACCCGACCCCCACGGCAUACUACAAGUUCCAGAACUCGGACAAUCCCUAUGGUUACUCCAGGGCUGCAGUGACUGGCCCCCAGUAUUCCUAUGGGGCUUAUCCUAUGCCCUACCAGAUCAGUGGCAACAGCACCAUCUAUUCAGCACAGUAUUACCCAGGCUACCCUCCUCCGCAGUUCAUUGCUCCCUACCAGGCAGGACAGUUGAACCCUGAAGACAUGGAGCAGCACGUGCAGACUCUGCAGCACCAGGAACUGGGGAAGCUCCUGCGGAUGGCAGACAACCAGGAACUGCAGCUCAGCAACCUGCUCUCCAGGGACAAUGUCAGUAAGGAUGGGCUGGAGAGGAUGGCCCAACUCAGGGCAGAGAUUCUGCUCCUGUAUGAGCGUUGCAUUCUCACCGAUAUAGAAUAUUCAGACAAUCAGAACGUGGAACAGACUAUGUGGAAAAAUGCCUUCUAUCAGGUCAUUGAGAAGUUCCGGCAGAUGCUGAAGGAGCCUUCUGGAGAGAAUGGGGAAGAAAUCCGAGGGAAGCUUUUAAAAUUAUUGGAUGAGGGAACCAGCUUCUUUGACAGCCUUCUGCACAAGCUGCAGGUCACGUAUCAGUUUAAACUGGAAGAUUACAUGGAUGGGAUGGCCAUACGCAGCAAGCCACUUCGCAAAGUGGUGAAGUAUGCAUUGAUCAGUGCUCAGCGAUGUCUGAUCUGUCAGGGAGACAUUGCCCGCUACAGAGAGCAGGCCAACGACACCACCAACUAUGGCAAGGCUCGCAGUUGGUAUUUGAAAGCCCAACAGAUUGCACCGAAAAAUGGGCGCCCCUACAACCAGCUUGCUAUUCUGGCCAUCUACACGAGGCGGAAGCUGGAUGCUGUAUACUAUUACAUGCGGAGUCUGGCUGCCAGUAAUCCAAUUCUUACAGCUAGAGAGAGUCUGAUGAGCCUCUUCGAAGAAACCAAGAGGAAGGCUGAGCAGGCAGAGUUCAAGAGGCACAAGGAAUCUGAUCAGAGCCCAGGCCCCAGAGUCAAGGGCAAAAAGCAGACUUUUCGGCAGGUUGGGGAAGAUACCAGCAGGGUAGAGGUUUGGAUCCACACCACCCAUCUGCACUCCUCUCAGGGUAAUGAAUCGAACAAGGAUGAUGCAACUUCAGAGCAAGAUGAAGAUCUUGGGAAUCUCUCUCCCAGUGAUCUGAAUAAAAGAUUUAUCCUGAAUUUCCUUCAUGCCCAAGGGAAGCUGUUCACGAAGAUAGGAAUGGAGACCUUUCCAUCAGUGGCUGCAAACGUUCUGAAGGAAUUCCGAGUGCUGCUUCAGCACAGUCCGUCCCCUAUUGGUAACACACGGAUGCUGCAGCUGAUGGCUAUUAACAUGUUUGCAGUGCACCACUCUCAACUUAAAGAUUCUGGUUCGGAGAACUGCCGAUCAGUGAUUCAGGAGCACGCUACAGCACUGGGACUGGCCAUGUUUGGUUUGCUAGUGGAACGUUGCAUCGAACAGUUAAAGGAAGCUGCCAGAGCCCGUUCGAGUGAGGAGGAGGAGGAAGAUGAUAUCAAGGUGUCUGCUUUCAGCCUUGACCUGAAGGAGCUGCUUCCCAGUGUGAAGGUGUGGUCUGAUUGGAUGCUGGGUCACCCGGAUGAAUGGAACCCACCACCAAACUCGCUCAUCCUGCCAAAGGAAAUUGCCAUCGAUGUGUGGGCCAUGCUGGCAGAAUUCUGCAACAUUUUCACAGCUGUCAACCAGUCAGAGGUACCGCUGUACAAGGACCCGGAUGAGGACCUCACCCUGCUUGUUCUGGAUGAGGACAAGAUCCUCUCAGGCUUUGUUCCUCUCCUGGCUGCCCCUCAGGACCCUUGCUACGUGGAGACAGCCGCAGAUAAGGUAAUAGCGGCUGACUGCAAGAGGGUCACAGUGCUAAAGUACUUCCUGGAAGCUCUGUGCGGCCAAGAAGAACCUCUGUUGGCAUUCAAGGGUGGAAAAUAUGUGUCAAUGGCACCCAUCCCAGACAGCCUGGGAAAGGAAGAUGGAGGCCAGCAGGGAAAACAACUGGAGGAUCAGGAAGAAGAUGUCAUCAUUGAAGAAUACGAGGGACAGGACACUGAGCCUGAAGGCAGCGGAGGGGAAGAUGAUAUAAAGGAGCUGAGGGCAAAAAAGCAAGCACUGACUAAAAAAUUUGCCGAGCAGCAGCGCAGACAGGAAAAGAUCCAGGCACUAUUAGAAGAUCAAACUUUCAAGAGACAGAUCGAGAUUGAGAUAACACCUGUCUUUCUUGUGCCAGACACCAAUGGAUUUAUUGAUCACCUCCCCGGUCUGGUCAAGCUGCUGGAUAGUAGGCUGUACAUCAUCGUGGUCCCACUUAUUGUGAUUAAUGAGUUGGAUGGUCUGGCAAAAGGCCAGGACACGGACUACCACGGUGCAAACCAUGCCAAAUUGGUGCAGGAGAGAGCCAAGAAAGCCAUUGACUUCCUGGAACAAAAGUUUGAAUCCCGUGACUCAUGUCUGAGGGCUCUAACCAGCAGAGGUAAUGAGCUGGAGUCGAUUGCAUUCAGGAGUGAAGACACAACAGGGCAGCAGGGAAACAACGAUGACUUGAUUCUCUCGUGCUGCCUCCAUUACUGCAAGGAUAAGGCCAAGGACUUCAUGCCAGCACACAAAGACGAGCCCAUCCGCCUGCGCCGUGACGUGGUGCUGCUGACAGACGACCGCAACAUGAGGGUGAAGGCCUUAACUCGCAACGUGCCAGUCAGAGCCAUCCCGGUGUUCCUGAAGUGGGCCAAGGUGGGAUGAAGCGACGGAGCCAUCCUGUGGAUUGCAGUGAGCAUCGUCGAGAGGCUCAGGCUUGCCGGUGGCAACACACCCCUCCAUUAAACAGCUAACAUUAAGAGAUGACAAGAAUCAAUACGCAAUAGAAGAUUGUGAUAUCAAGCUGAAGAGGCAGGUCCUGAUGCGACGUGUCGAUGGUUCUUUAGGAGCAGCUAGUUGUGGUGGGUUAAUAGUCACAACUGACAAGUGAGCGACCUGAUGCAGGUUAGUGAGAGGGAACUUUGUUAACACAUGGGAGGCAGGAGCAUUCCCUGGUGGGAUUAUUUCUUUGGAGCCUGGGUGGUUUUGUGGCAGAGAUGGAACGAAUCCACUCUGCUCUGCCUGGCAUGUCUGAAAGCUUAUCCCUGUCCUGAAUCUGUCACCUCUGAGUGGCAGAGCACCCAGGCGCAGGGCUUGGAUGACUUGUGUUGCUGCUGGUUCUAUGGUGUCAAUGUUUUGACAGGAAGAAUUUCAGACAAAAAAAAGUUUGCAAUGAGGACUUUGCAUCAGCUUGAAAGGAAGCCAUAGUGUGGGAUUAGCCUGAGGGGUUGUGCAAGGGGUCACAGCCAUGUGCUGCAGUCAGAGCCAGCUGUUUAUUGGUCUGUGCAAGUAUUGGUGGCAUCAGCCUAUCAGUGUGAAGUGUGUUCUUUGCAGGAUGGAACCUCUAGUGUUGAAAUGGAGGGAUGUUUUAUGCAAGUGAGGUUUAGUAGUGUCCUUGGUGCUGGAUUGUACUGUGGUGAGUCAGGUGUAGGGCAGGGAGUGCAUUACACAGGCAGAUCCAGUGUUAUACAUCUGCCCUUUCAAAUACUGCACGAUGCCCAAGACCUUUGGCAUUUGGCAGAGUUGGAGACCGAAUCUUGCCUUGCAAAGCGGCUGUUGGAGGAGGGUGGAGGGGAGUUCGGUUACACUGCAGGCCUAAUGAUUGAGAUACCUGGUGGUUCAAAACCCCACUCUGUGCCAAGCUGUCAAGUAGCUGAGACAAUUUUUUUUUCCCAAUUGCAAAUGCUUUAUGUAAUUACAAACUUUAAAAAGUACAAAGACCAAAGUGUCUCAAGGUCAGCAGUCUUCUCUUUAAUAAGCACUCAGUCCUUAUUAAAAUGUUGUUGAUUGUCCCACUCCAUUAUCCAAGUAUCAAGGCUGACAGAUUUCGGAUUGGGCAAGACAUGCCCUUUGAGAUGCUUCAUUCAAGUUUUCAGGUUUUCUUGGUAGCUCACUCUGUGGAAUGAAGGGAGUGCUAGUCAGUGUGAAAAGAAUGCCUUCUGGAACCAGAUGUUGCUUUUGGAAUCCAGGUGAAUUUCUUGUUAUAUCUGCUACUUCUCCAAAGCAAGAACUUGUUUGCCCAGUUGGGAUAAAAAACUUGUAUGUGGCAGGACUCCAGCUGGGAGAGGCAAGGAGGUCGUUCAUGCUUAGUGGGCUAAAUUUGAAUUGGUGGAGCCCAGGCCCAGGUGCAAAGACACAGUUCCUGGAGGUGAAGGAGACUUCCUCCUCCACAUUUUCAACACCUGCUGGUGCACUCAGGGGCAGUUGGUCCCCAUCCUCAUUUGGCAGCAUCUCAGAACUCUGUGGCUGAACCUCUUUCAGGAAUAACCUCCAGGCAUGGUUCGACACAAGGGUCCGACUUUGCUGUAAAGCUAAUCAGUUUGCAGUUAGAAUUUUCCAGCCUCGUCUGAUUUCUUUGUUUUUCUUGAUAGCAGAGGCUUGGUAGCUUCUUUCUUUCUAGCAGCUGUUACUUUUGUCCCGGUCUCUCCAUUUACUCUUUGUUGCUGAGUUCUGGAUCCCAUCGCUGCUGCAGAAUCAGCCUUAUUAAUUGCCAUAUUGGCGUUGACAGGGCCACCCUUGACUUUGGAUUUGCAACUACUCCACUUUUGUGAAUGUGAACGCACAGAGCUCCCAACUAUUUCAUCAGAAGGUCAGCGCCUGCGGGCUGGGAUUCAGGCCCUCGUACGGUGCAGAGAGAUUCCAAAAGUUGGUUUAUUUUAGACAUUUCAGAACUGGUUUUCAUUGUUUUAUUUUUUUAUACAUAGUCUUAGGUGGUUAGGUUUGGCUAAAGCUUAGCUAGGUACCUGGAGUUCGUUUUAUUUAGUGUUGAGUGCGCUUUGUGGGAUCGAGGAGGCUAUUGGUUUUAGUGCGGUGAGGCGGAGUGCAAUAUAAUGUAGGUGUGUGGCAGAGCCUGCAGCUCUGUAGGUAUUGGCCAGUGUUGUCAGCGGCAUAUACACACACCUCUUCCCCAUGUGACCGACACACUGUCAUGUAGUAGGAAGUUUAACCGCUAAUUAGUAUUCAUUUAACUACCAGGUCCAAUAAAACGGAGAUUAAAAGCCA